CUAUUUUCCCUAGGAUCUAAGGUGCACAUUGCGGUUUAGCUGGUAUUAAACGUUUGCAGAUAUCAUCGGGGCCUUCCGAAACCAAGGGCUGAUUACGAGGGUCAUGACCCCCGCCCUGGGUUGGGUCGUCACGAGGGUCAUGACCUAGGUGGACUACUAAUUAAAGUUGUUAUAAGUACAUAAUGCUUUUUUUAAGCAGUAUUGAUUUUAUUUAAGUACUUUCAAAAAAAUAAUUUAACAUUAGACUGUAUCUAUUAUUAUCAAAAUUAACUCCAAAUUAACUUCCUAUGACUCGACCACGAUUAUGUGACACCCCCUCCCGUGCCAAUGCUAGAUCAGCCCUUGUUCGAAGUAUGAAAAGAAAUCGAGCCAUCAAACGCCUCUUAUAUUCAGUAAGCAUAUCAUUCGUUCGCAACGGUUUUUCAUCUUCUUUCAGGGUCAUUUAGCAGGAGAGGCUAUAACAAGCAUGUUUAGCGGUCGUAGAAGAGAGGAGGUGCAGCAGGUACUGCCACAAAACUACCAACUAGGACAGGAGCCCAGCGGUCCCUGCGCGUACGAGAUAGCUCAAUUCUUGCAAUGUGCUGCCAAUAGAGAGAACCUGCAGGAAUGCGACGGCUUUAACGAAGCACUUAGGGAUUGCAAACGACGCAAUAGUAAGGAUUUACCUUUCGUUAUUGGAUAUAGUUUAGUUGACGAAACUGAGCGCUUAGUGUAAGUUUUUUUGACGUUUACG